GUCCCUGACUCCGCACAGUACUUCCGUGUUUGCGUCUAUCCUGCGUGUCUUGCUGCUCCUCCUGCAGACUCAAGUGUGUCUUGUGGCUUAUAUUCUGAGCUAAAUAACCAUGUCUCUGGAGGUGGAAUCCGCAGAUGUGAUCCGUCUGAUCAUGCAGUACCUGAAGGAGAACAACCUGCAGCGGACUCUGGUCACCCUGCAGGAGGAGACCACCGUGUCUCUGAACACCGUGGACAGCAUAGAGAGCUUUGUGGCAGACAUAAACAGCGGUCACUGGGACACUGUCCUGCAGGCCAUCCAGUCCCUCAAGCUGCCAGAUAAGACCCUGAUAGACCUCUAUGAGCAGGUGGUGUUAGAGCUGAUCGAGUUGAGAGAACUGGGUGCAGCCCGUUCCCUCCUCAGGCAGACUGACCCCAUGAUCAUGCUGAAACAGACGCAGCCAGAGAGAUACAUCCACCUGGAGAAUCUGCUGGCUCGCUCGUACUUCGAUCCCAGAGAGGCGUACCCGGACGGCAGCAGUAAGGAGAAGCGUCGGGCGGCCAUCGCCCAGGCUCUGGCAGGGGAGGUCAGCGUGGUGCCUCCCUCUCGUCUCAUGGCUCUGCUGGGACAGUCCCUGAAGUGGCAGCAGCAUCAGGGCCUCCUGCCUCCUGGUAUGACUAUCGAUCUGUUCAGGGGUAAAGCUGCCGUUAAAGAUGUGGAGGAGGAGCGCUUCCCCACGCAGCUCAGCAGACACAUCAAGUUUGGACAGAAGUCUCACGUGGAGUGUUCCCGAUUCUCCCCCGACGGUCAGUACCUGGUCACCGGCUCUGUGGACGGCUUCAUCGAAGUCUGGAACUUCACCACCGGCAAAAUCAGAAAGGAUCUGAAGUACCAGGCUCAGGAUAACUUCAUGAUGAUGGACGAUGCUGUGUUGUGUAUGGGCUUCAGUCGAGACACAGAGAUGUUGGCGACCGGAGCCCAGGAUGGAAAGAUUAAGGUGUGGAAGAUCCAGAGUGGUCAGUGUCUGAGGAGGUUUGAGCGCGCCCACAGUAAAGGAGUAACGUGCGUGAGCUUCUGUAAAGACAGCAGUCAGCUCCUCAGCGCCUCCUUCGACCAGAUAAUCAGAAUCCACGGACUGAAGUCGGGUAAAACUCUGAAGGAGUUCCGCGGCCACUCGUCCUUCGUGAACGAGGCGACCUUCACUCUAGACGGCCACAACGUCAUCAGCGCUUCCUCGGACGGCACGGUCAAGAUGUGGAACAUGAAGACCACCGAGUGCUCCAACACCUUCAAGCCUCUGGGCACGUCGGCCGGCACCGACAUCACGGUCAACAACGUCAUGCAGCUGCCCAAGAACCCCGAGCACUUUGUCGUGUGCAACCGCUCCAACACUGUGGUCAUCAUGAACAUGCAGGGGCAGAUCGUGAGGAGCUUCAGCUCCGGUAAGAGGGAAGGUGGUGACUUUGUGUGCUGCACUCUGUCGCCCCGAGGCGAAUGGAUCUACUGCGUGGGGGAGGACUUUGUGCUCUACUGCUUCAGCACCGUCACCGGCAAGCUGGAGAGAACGCUGACGAUCCACGAGAAGGACGUGAUCGGCAUCGCCCACCACCCCCACCAGAACCUCAUCGGCACCUACAGCGAGGACGGUCUGCUGAAGCUCUGGAAGCCUUGAUGUGUUGGAGUUCUCAGGCUGCUCUCUUCCUCUCUGGACGCUCGUCUUCCCUCUGGUUGUUUCUGUGUUUGUCUCUCGGAUCACUGUGAACUCGAGGUUUUGAGAUAUACAUGAUGUCAAUAACACCAUAAGUUUGACAUAUUCAGCUGCAUGUUUCAACGGGUUCUGGUGAUUUCUUUAGUUUAGUUCAGCGGAGUGCACAGUUGGAGCCUUCUGAACCCUCAGAGCUUUACUUUCAUGCCAUCUCUGAAAUCAUCACUACAAAUCCUCACAACGCAUCUGAAGAACGUGCUGAAGGAAUAAAGUGUCGUAUUGUUGUGGCUCUGCUGUUCAACACUUGAGCUUUACAGACAUCCAAUAACUUUUGUUCAGAGGCUCUAGCUUCAGAGAGGGGGGGGGGUAAAUACUAGACUCGGUUUUGUUUUGAAAAUUCCACUUUUUUGUAAAUACAUUUUAUUUGUUUUAGUUUUUUCCAAGAACAUCUGGUUAAAUAGAGUUUUGUCUUUUUUUAAAUUCACUCAUUGAAUGGCAUCACAUUUCAAAAUUCUUUUAUAUAUAUAUUUUGAAUUCUGACAUCAUUAUUUAGUUCUUUCAACAUGGAAAACUAAAUAAUACAUUUUCUCCCACACACAUCUGGAAUGAGACUUAAUGUUUCAAGGUUCUGUAACUUUCUGGAUGUACAAAUCUCCCGUUAUUAUAUCUUGUCUGUGCCAUUAAAGCUAUUUAACCAGAACCGUGAA